GGGGAGGAUUGGGGGCGGGGCGCGGGCGCAGCUCCGUUUCCGGUGGCUCGUCGCGCUCGCUCACUCCAGCUGCAGCCACUCUCGCCCGUGGCUGCUUCCUCCAUCCUGGUAUUUUUUGGAGCCUCCAUCCUGGUUCUUCCAAAGUGCCCGGACCCAAAACAGGAAUUGAUAGGCUCACCCCAAAAUAUGCUUUUUGGGACUGAUUUAGAACCUGCAUAUUCUGCGUGAAUCUCUUUAAUUGAUUGCAGUUGAGCUAGAUGUUGGAGCCAAAAUGCUAUUGCCCUGUCUUCAUCAACAUUUAAUCAACUGUUGCAGAGAUAGGAACAUGGGGGAGAAACAAUCUGGAUAACAUGAAAGUGAUGCCGGUGGCCAAGGGAAGGCGACUUGAUUCUGUGGGAAGGGCUAUAGCUGAUCCAUCCGUUGUCUAGAUUUGAGUAUGAGCACAGUUGAAGAGGAUUCUGACACAGUAACGGUAGAAACUGUGAACUCUGUGACUUUGACUCAGGACACGGAAGGGAACCUCAUUCUUCAUUGCCCUCAGAAUGAAGUGGAUGAAAUAGAUUCAGAAGAUAGUACUGAACCUCCGCAUAAAAGGCUUUGUUUAUCCUCUGAGGAUGAUCAGAGUAUUGAUGAUUCUACUCCUUGCAUAUCAGUUGUUGCACUUCCACUUUCAGAAAAUGAUCAGAGCUUCGAGGUGACCAUGACCGCGACCACAGAGGUGGCAGAUGAUGAGAUUACUGAGGGGACUGUGACACAGAUCCAGAUUUUACAGAAUGAGCAACUAGAUGAAAUAUCUCCCUUGAGUAAUGAGGAAGUUUCAGCAGUUAGUCAAGCAUGGUUUACAACUAAAGAAGACAAGGAUUCUCUGACUAACAAAGGACAUAAAUGGAAGCAGGGGAUGUGGUCCAAGGAGGAAAUUGAUAUUUUGAUGAACAAUAUUGAACGCUAUCUGAAGGCACGCGGAAUAAAAGAUGCUACAGAAAUCAUCUUUGAGAUGUCAAAAGACGAAAGAAAAGAUUUCUACAGGACUAUAGCAUGGGGUCUGAACCGGCCUUUGUUUGCAGUUUAUAGAAGAGUGCUUCGCAUGUAUGAUGACAGAAACCAUGUGGGAAAAUACACACCUGAAGAAAUUGAGAAGCUCAAGGAGCUCCGGAUAAAGCAUGGCAAUGACUGGGCAACAAUAGGGGCGGCGCUAGGAAGAAGUGCAUCUUCCGUCAAAGAUCGGUGCCGACUGAUGAAGGAUACUUGCAACACAGGGAAGUGGACAGAAGAAGAAGAAAAGAGACUUGCAGAAGUGGUUCACGAAUUGACAAGUACUGAGCCAGGUGACAUAGUCACACAGGGUGUGUCUUGGGCAGCUGUGGCUGAACGAGUGGGUACCCGCUCAGAAAAGCAGUGUCGUUCUAAAUGGCUCAACUACCUGAACUGGAAACAGAGUGGGGGUACUGAGUGGACCAAGGAAGAUGAAAUCAAUCUCAUCCUCAGGAUAGCAGAGCUUGAUGUAGCUGAUGAAAAUGACAUUAACUGGGAUCUGUUAGCUGAGGGAUGGAGCAGUGUCCGUUCACCACAGUGGCUUCGCAGUAAAUGGUGGACCAUCAAAAGGCAAAUUGCAAACCAUAAGGAUGUUUCGUUCCCUGUCUUAAUAAAAGGUCUUAAACAGUUACAUGAGAACCAAAAAAACAACCCAACGCUUUUGGAGAAUAAAUCAGGAUCUGGAGUUCCAAACAGUAAUUCCAAUUCCAGUGUACAGCAUGUUCAGAUAAGAGUUGCCCGCUUGGAAGACAAUACAGCCAUCUCUCCUAACCCCGUGACAGCAUUGCAGAUUCCGGUCCAGAUCACCCAUGUCUCUUCAACAGAUUCCCCUGCUACUACUGUUGACUCGGAAACAAUAACACUAAACAGUGGAACACUACAGACAUUUGAGAUUCUCCCAUCUUUCCAUUUACAGCCUACUGGCACUCCAGGCACCUAUCUACUUCAAACAAGCUCAAGCCAAGGCCUUCCCCUAACUCUGACUGCUAGUCCCACAGUAACCCUGACAGCCGCUGCGCCUGCUUCUCCUGAACAGAUUAUUGUUCACGCUUUAUCCCCAGAACAUUUGUUGAACACAAGUGACAAUGUCACAGUGCAGUGUCACACACCAAGAGUCAUCAUUCAGACUGUUGCCACAGAGGACAUUACUUCUUCCAUAUCCCAAGCAGAACUGACAGUAGAUAGUGAUAUUCAAUCAUCUGAUUUUCCUGAGCCUCCAGAUGCCCUAGAAGCAGACACCUUCCCAGAUGAAAUUCAUCAGCCUAAGAUGACUGUGGAGUCAUCAUUUAAUGAUGCUCAUGUAUCCAAAUUCAGUGACCAAAAUAGCACAGAACUAAUGAAUAGUGUUAUGGUCAGAACAGAAGAAAUCUCCGACACCGACCUCAAAGAAGAGGAGGAAUCGCCCCCUGAUUUAGCCAGUGCUUAUGUUACUGAGGAUUUAGGAUCUCCUACUAUAGAAGAACAAGUUGAUGAAACAAUUGAUGAUGAAACAAUACUUAUCGUUCCUUCACCACAUGGCUUUAUCCAGGCAUCUGAUGUUAUAGAUACUGAAUCUGUCUUGCCUUUGACAACACUAACAGAUCCCAUACUCCAACAUCAUCAGGAAGAAUCAAAUAUCAUUGGAUCAUCUUUGGGCAGUCCUGUUUCAGAAGACUCAAAGGAUGUUGAGGAUUUGGUAAACUGUCAUUAGGUAAUUCUUAGAAAUAGGCAGUUCAAGUAAAGAAGCCACACUGUUAAUUACAACAUCUCUAAGGAAAUAGGAGCAACUCUCCCCAAGAGGGUUAAAUUUACCAUUUUAAAUAGCUACAGUGCUUAAGCCACACAAAUUGUUGCUGCUAUGACUUUUUACCUCCUUUGAAUACAUCAUUUGAGGUCCAGUUUUAUGACAGUGUGUAGUUAAAUGGAAUAUGGGAGUUUUAACUGCAUAGAUCCCUAUGUUUAGUGUUAUUUUGUUGGUAGGAAUGUCAUUCACUUCAAAUACUGAGCAACGUUUAAAAUCACAGUUUAACUGCUCUGGUUUACAGACAGUACUAUUCAUCUCUAAAGGUCAGACUCAAGUAGGCCAGGUGGUAUUUCAGAGAAGUCAUAUCAACAUGGUCUACAGUUUAUCAGUGACCUCCUUCAAAAAGAUUAAAUAUCAUCACUUUGAGACCUGACCAGCACACAAGUACAUAGACCUAGGAUAUGGUGGUUAUUUCUGGUUAACCCAUUGCUGGCAGUGGGAGCUGAUUUAGUCAGGGUAAAGAGGAAAGCAUUAAAAGCGUUAACAUUCACUACAGGUUUUUUUUUUUUUUUUAAUCACUUUAAAGGGAAUAUGGAUAAGCAUAGUAACAAAACCCACCAAAAGCUAAGCAGUUUUCCCCCUUCAGAAACCACUGUCAUUAGUUUACAAAGUUAGCACUUUGAAGUAAAUUAAAUAGUAUAUAUAAUUACCCAGAAAAAAGUUGGGGAUAUUAGAAUUUGCCAUUCACUUAGUACAUUAGCUGGUGGGGUACAAUAUACCUUCUUCCUCUCAGGCAAUUUUAAAAAACAAAACAAAAUUUGGUUCUGUAACAAAAGGAAACAAAUCAAGAGUCAUUCCUAUACUAGAGAAGGGUUAAGCCAAAACUAGCCAAUAGGGCUUUUAAUGAACAUGACCCCUAGAGAAAAGUCACAAAAAAACCCUUGUAUAAAUUAUUUUAUUUAUUAUUGUAAUUAGAUCUUCACAAUCAAAGUUGUCUUCACUGUCUGUUUUGUUAAAGUGAAACUGUAGUUAUAAGCAAAAGUUGGUUGCCUAGGGAACAAUUGUAUAUUCAGUUUAACAGAAAUAAAAGAAUAUUUGUCUUAAAAUGCAA